GAGAGGAACUGGGGUGAGCAAGCACUGUGGCUUUGUCUGUUUCCUGUUUCAGCAAGGUUGCUGUGCAAAAAGAAAGACAGUACGAAGAAGAGAAAUGCUAAGGGGGCCCAGAGCCAUGGAUUGAGAGCUUGCACUUUACUCAGCUGCUGUCCUGCCCCAUCUGAGACCAGAGCCAAGAUCUGCCCAGGAGCUGGAAUGCUGUCCUGAGCUGCUUGGUUGGAGCCUGGGACCCAAGACCCAGGCAGCUAUUCCAGGAACUGGAAGCCAAGCACAACAGGUGCUCAGGAGGUCAUCAUGAUCAGCCCAGACCCCAGGCCUUCCCCUGGCUUGGCCCGGUGGGCUGAGAGCUAUGAGGCCAAAUGUGAGCGCCGGCAAGAGACCCGUGAGAGCCGCCGCUGCCGCCCCAAUGUGACCACUUGCCGCCAGGUGGGGAAGGCACUGAGGAUCCAGCAGAGAGAGCAGCUCCAGAGAGCACGGCAACAGGAGUUCUUCAGGAGGAGGAACUUGGAGGUGGAGGAGAAAGGCAAGGCCCAGAGCCCCAGGGCCAAGGAGCGAGGUCCCUCUAGGAGGCCAGGCCAGCCAACUGACCUCAAGGAACCCUUGUCUUGGGCCCACAGGAUCUCUUCCCCCCAACAGCAGGUGUCAGGGACCAGCUCUGAGGUCUUUCCAACCCAGCGUCAACCUCCCUCAGGCACCCGGAGGGAUCUGGCUGACCGCCCCUCCCAGGCCGGGGACCUUUCACCAAAGGACUCUCCCACCAAAAAGCCACCCCAACAGCACCGUGGCACUCAGACAAAGGCAGAAACAGCCCAGCCAACGAUUAAGAAUGAUGCCAGUCAGCAAACCAAUUAUGGAGUUGCAGUUCUAGAUAAGGAAAUCAUCCAGCUUUCUGAGUACCUCAAAGAGGCCCUACAAAGGGAGCUGGUUCUAAAACAGAAAAUGGUGAUUCUCCAAGACCUACUGUCCACUCUGAUAAGGGCCUCUGACAGCUCUUGGAAGGUAAGGGAAUGAAAUCUUUGAACAAAGCUCGCAGGCUUCUAUUCUUCUUUCCAUACUAUCCCAGCAAGAGAAGGGUUUUCUCACUAUUGAAGAGGCGAGGUAGGGGGUGCUAAGACCUAGA